AGGAAAAGAAGAGACUCAUUCGGGAUGUUUGGCGGUUAUGGCUGCAGGGAGGACACAAGCAGCAGCUCCAGCUCUGAGGAGAGUGAAGAGGAAGUUGCUCUUCCUUCUAAUCUCCCCAUUAUCAAAAACAAUGGACAAGUCUACACGUACCCAGAUGGCAAAUCUGGCAUGGCUUCCUGUGAAAUGUGUGGGAUGGUUGGUGUGCGAGAUGCUUUUUACUCCAAAACAAAACGUUUCUGCAGUGUUUCGUGCUCAAGAAGUUAUUCGUCUAAUUCCAAGAAGGCAAGCAUUUUGGCCAGACUUCAGGUAACGGGUAAGCCUCCAACAAAGAAAGCAAAAGUUCUUCAGAAACAACUUUUAGUUGCUAAACUAGCCGCAUAUGCUCAGUAUCAAGCUACCUUGCAAAACCAAGCAAAGACUAAAGCAGUAGUCUCCAUGGAAGGUUUCAGCUGGGGUAACUACAUCAAUAGCAAUAGCUUUAUAGCAGCUCCAGUUACCUGCUUUAAACAUGCACCCAUGGGGACCUGCUGGGGUGAUAUCUCAGAAAAUGUGAGAGUAGAAGUUCCCAAUACAGACUGCAGCCCGCCUUCCAAAGUCUUCUGGAUUGCUGGGAUUGUAAAAUUAGCAGGUUACAUUGCCCUUUUAAGAUAUGAAGGAUUUGAAAACGAUUCAGCUCUGGACUUCUGGUGCAAUAUCUGUAGCUCUGAUAUCCAUCCAGUUGGCUGGUGUGCAGCCAGUGGGAAGCCUCUUGUCCCUCCUAGAACUAUUCAUCAUAAGUAUAUGAACUGGAAAGCUUUUCUAGUGAAACGACUUACUGGUGCCAAAACACUUCCUCCCGACUUCUCACAAAAGGUUUCAGAAAGUAUGCAGUAUCCUUUCAAACCUUGCAUGAGAGUAGAAGUGGUUGACAAGAGACAUUUGUGUCGAACACGAGUGGCAGUGGUGGAAAGUGUAAUUGGAGGAUGAUUAAGACUAGUGUAUGAAGACAGCGAAGAUAAAACAGAUGACUUCUGGUGCCAUAUGCACAGCCCACUAAUCCAUCAUAUUGGCUGGUCUCGAAGCAUAGGCCAUCGAUUCAAAAGAUCUGAUAUUACAAAGAAACAAGAUGGACAUUUUGAUACACCACCACAUUUAUUUGCUAAGGUAAAAGAAGUGGACCAGAGUGGGGAAUGGUUCAAGGAAGGAAUGAAAUUGGAAGCUAUAGACCCAUUAAAUCUUUCCACAAUAUGUGUGGCAACCAUUAGAAAGGUGCUGGCUGACAGAUUCCUAAUGAUUGGGAUCCAUGGCUCAGAAGCAGCAGAUGGAUCUGACUGGUUCUGUUAUCAUGCAACCUCCCCUUCUAUUUUCCCUGUUGGUGUCUGUGAAAUUAACAUGAUUGAGCUUACUCCACCUAGAGGUUACACUAAACUUCCUUUUAAAUGGUUUGACUACCUCAGGGAAACUGGCUCCAUUGCAGCACCAGUAAAACUAUUUAAUAAGGAUGUUCCAAAUCACGGAUUUCGUGUCGGAAUGAAGUUAGAAGCAGUAGAUCUCAUGGAGCCACGUUUAAUAUGUGUAGCCACAGUAACUCGAAUCACUCAUCGCCUCUUGAGGAUACACUUUGAUGGAUGGGAAGAAGAAUAUGACCAGUGGGUAGACUGUGAGUCUCCUGACCUCUAUCCUGUAGGGUGGUGUCAAUUAACUGGAUAUCAACUACAGCCUCCCGCAUCACAGUCAACAAGAGAAAGCCAAUCAGGUUCAUCAAAACAGAAGAAAAAGGCUAAGUCCCAGCAAUACAAAGGACAUAAGAAAAUGACUACAUUGCAGCUGAAGGAGGAGUUGAUAGAUGGAGAGGACUAUAGUUUCCUGCAAGGAGCAUCUGACCCGGAAAGCAAUGGCUCUGCCAACUUCUACAUCAAGCAAGAGCCCUGAGGGGGCUCAGAAACGGAGGGUGGGAGGGAAGUUUCACACAGGACUGAUUUGUAGUCCACCCAGCUGUACGCGGGGCUG